CGAGCCGACGCGUGUCGCAGCCCAGCCCAGCCCAGCCCAGCGGAGCGAUGAAGGCGGCCCGCAUAGCGCUGCGCAGCGCUGCCCCGCUGGCGGCGAGCUGCCCCCCGGCGCCGCGGGAGGUGGAGCGCUUCGCCCGCUUCUCGCCGUCCCCGCUCUCCAUGCAGCAGUUCCUGGACUUCGGGUCGGCGAAUGGAUGCGAGAGAACCUCUUUUGCCUUUCUGCGACAAGAGCUUCCUGUGCGGCUAGCAAAUAUCCUGAAAGAAAUUGACCUCCUUCCUGUUCAGUUGCAGAGCACUCCCUCCGUCAACCUGGUGAAGAGCUGGUAUAUGCAGAGUCUAAUGGAUCUAGUUGAGUUCCAUCAAAAAAGUCCAGAUGAUCACAGGGUUUUAUCUGACUUUAUAGAUUCACUCGUUACAGUCCGAAACCGACACCACAGUGUUGUUCCUACAAUGGCACAAGGAAUAAUUGAAUACAAAGACACCUUUAAAGUGGAUCCAGUCAUGAAUCAAAACAUUCAAUACUUCUUGGAUCGAUUUUACAUGAACCGUAUUUCCUUCCGGAUGCUAAUAAAUCAACAUACACUUCUUUUUGAUGGUAAUGCCAACUUGAUGCACCCCCAGCAAAUUGGAAGCAUUGAUCCUUGCUGUGAUGUGGUGGCAGUAGUUCAUGACGCUUUUGAAAGCUCCCGAAUGCUCUGUGACAAGUAUUAUUUAACUUCACCAGAACUGAAGCUUACUCAAGUGAAUGGAAAAGUGCCAGGACAAGCCAUUCACAUAGUGUAUGUCCCUUCUCACCUUUUCCACAUGUUGUUUGAGCUAUUUAAGAACGCAAUGAGAGCAACAAUUGAGUAUCAAGAAAACCGGUCCUCACUUUCUCCAAUUGAAGUAACAGUUGUUCUGGGAAAUGAAGACCUAACAAUAAAGAUCUCUGACAGAGGGGGCGGUGUUCCUGUGAGGCAAGUUGAGCGCCUGUUUAGCUACCUGUAUUCUACAGCACCAAGGCCAGUGAUGGAUGAUUCUCAUAGUGCUCCUCUGGCUGGCUUUGGGUAUGGCUUACCAAUUUCUCGUCUGUAUGCUAAAUACUUCCAAGGAAACUUGAAUCUGUACUCCAUAUCGGGUUAUGGAAUAGAUGCUGUUAUCUACCUGAAGGCCCUCUCAACAGAUUCAGUAGAAAAACUCCCAGUAUUCAACAAGUCCGCCUAUAAGCAUUAUCAAGCAACUUCAGAGGCAGAUGACUGGUGUGUCCCCAGCAAAGAACCAAAAAACCUAGCAAAGCAAAGCAUAGCUAUUUGAAUGAAGUUCAUGUCCAAGGUACUAAAAAGGGAUCAAGCUGGCUUUCCAAUUAAGACUAGUGCUUGAAAGCGUUAGUCUAAAGUGCCUUCAUACAGACAGGCCUUCCGACAGAUCCUAAACAGAAGAGGAGGGAAGCUCACGCUGCACAGGAGGACUGUGAUCUGUAGUGCACUCCAGUAUAAGCUAUACAUAAGGAAAGCCAUGUGCAUCUUUGCCUGUAGUCCUUACAGAAAGAAGCAUGCAAGCAGAAAUUUACAAUGCUAUGUGAAUCAAUGACUGUUGUAACAGGAGGUAUGCAGUUCUUGAACCUGUUCAGUCCUUGAGUCUAAAUACUGACAAAUGACAGUAAUGCUAUUGCUUUCCAUUUAAAUAGACACCAGAACUUCACCUUUAUUAUGAAACUCUGUACUGUGGUGCAUAUGCCUGUACUGUAUAACUGUGUUCAUGACGAAGAGAAAGAAGGCCUCAUUUAAGUGUGGUAGGGUUGCAGCAGGAUGGAAACCUUAAGAUGCAGUUCAGUUGGCAUUGAGGUGGGGAACAAGUUUGUGUUUUUGCAAUAUAGGAAAGGUCUUGGUGAUGAGUUUAAUGUAAUUUUAAUUCUAAUAUCUUUUGGGAUACAAAGGCUAUUCCUUUGUAUUUGCUCUUUCUGGAAAGAUCAGUGACUUGUCCAUAAGGUAACCACAGAAAUUGCUAGAAUAUUUUUAAGGGACAAAUAGAAUGGCACUUGGCUAUAACGGCCAUAAUGAGAUGUGUAGUCCACAUCUGUAACAGCAGGAGAGCUGUAUUGAAUAAGCAGGCAGGGAUUUUCAAAGCCAAGUAGAUAUGCUUGUGUUGUUGGUCCCAAUGACUUGUGUUUUGGGGAGGGAAGAGGGUUGCUUUUAUAAACCCAACAUGAAGCAGUAUGUUAGAGUGGUGGUGGGUAGUUCUCUCUUCAAUACAGCUACAAAGUUUAGUGGCUCUAUAAACAAAACCACUGGCUGUAGGUUGUGGAACAUGUUUGAAGCUUGUUCAUAUGUAAAUACUUACCUGCUAAAUGUGUCUUCUGGAAUUUGUAUCAGACACACUUGAGCUUAAACUUGAAGUAUAAAACCACUAUACAAAAGCUGCACUGAACAUUUGGAAACUGAGUUGCUGGCAAAAAGGAGAUUGUGAACUAAUAACUUGAAGAAAUCUUCUCUCUAAAUGCAGAAAGUUUAGGAAUGGAAUAGUUUCAAAACAUGAAUAGCACAAGCUAUUUUAAAGUAACUUAUGUGUAGUACAGAAGGAGAUGUCCAGGGGACAAAUGACUAUUGGGGAAAAUAUUCCACUCCCAAUCAGCUUUUUUCUUUUCCCUAUCUUCCAGUUUUCAUAAACGAGGUAAGACUGCUGGGUCCUUGUUAAGCUUAAUGUUAAGUGAAAUUACCAGUCUGAUUUUAAGUCAGGAUUUAUAAUGAGACUGAAUUUGCCCUUUUAACUACUUUGUUUUUCUUUUUUUUUUUAAAAAAAAAAAUUCAUGUGAUCUUCUUGGCUCAGUUGUAAAUGCAAUCAGUGUUUCUAACAUCCAGCACUGUGCUAGGAUGGCUGUGUGAUGACUUUGUAAUUCCAACUCACCUUGGCUAGACAGAGAGGAAGCCAGUAAACACUUUUGCUGUGGACAGAAAUUUUAAUUUAAUUAUGUCACUAUAACACCAGAGUUCUUUUACUGUGUCUCAGCGGUGUAUCAGUUUUAAUGAUUGCUGUCAGUAUAAUCUAAUGAACUUAUUGCAUUAAUGUAACUAGUCCAAAAAAUUCUUCAGCAAUUUUACUAGAAAGCUUUCUCGUCUACCAGAUAUCCAAUAUUUUGUAGCCCUAUUGAUGCUGAGUCUUAGCUGGACCCUCAGGAAACUAAAAGUGAUUUCUAAUACAUCCUGCAUCUUUUUUUAAUAUAUAGAAGACACUGAACCAACUCGGGUUUUAGUUGAUCACCUGAGCAUAAUGACUGAGUAAAUAACUUUAGCAGUCCUAAUCUACACAUGGAGAUAACUAAAGGUGACCAGAGUGCUGAAACCACUGCAGCACCUAAACACAAUAAAUAAACUUGAUGAUACAAUGAGCUGACAAAAAAACCCCCAAACUUGUAUUAACUUCUAUUGCUGUGGUCAGCAAUAGAAUCAAAUGUUAUCUAGAAUAUGUAGGGAAGAAUGUUUUUUUUCCAUGCCAGGAAGUGCUUGGAUAACUUGUAGAUUGUGUAGGUGACGUGAAGUCAUGAAGAGCAACUAAAAUGCAGCCUGGUUUUAAGUAAAUGCAUUAUACCUUUCUCUCCCCUUGUCUGCUCUCAUUUUAAUGCCUGAGCAUGAACUAUGAUAUCAUGAUAUGUAGUAUGUCUUUAAUAUAUAACCACAGCUCCUCUAGGCAGAGACUGGGCAUCUUUUUUUUUUUUUUUCUUUAAGCUCCUUGUGAUUUUUGGUAUAAUAAUACUACUUCUUAACAACAUCACCUUGCAGUCUAUUUACAACAUUUAAAGGGUGAGGUCCACUUGACAGUCUAUGCAACAUUCUAAUGCAAAAUGAAUCUUUUUUGGUACCAAGUUUUAUUUGUACAUUAACAUGUUCAUAAUGCCAUGUUUUCAAUAUGCAUACCAUGUCAGAAGUCUAUGCAAAUCUGUCUACUUGAGGACUACAUUACUUUCCACUUAGACAAUGCAGUACUCUGCUGUCCUUGAACUGUGUGAGAUUUUUUUUUUUUUUUAGGACAUUUUAAGCCUUUUACUGUAUGUAAGAUUGUAUUAUAAUUUUACAGUAAAUCUCUUAAACAGUUA